CUCUCCCUCCCUCUCUCUCUCUCUCUCUCUCUCUCUCUCUCUCUCUCUCUCUCUCUAACACUCUUCGCUUCUGAUCUCUUUCUCUGUACUACAAACAAAUUCUCCAACAAAUACACACUUCAACCCUUUUUUCUCUUCUUUCAUUUCAUUUCUAUCUACUAUGGCUUCUUCUUCAUUCCUCAAAUCUCCCUUUUCUUCUUCAAUGCCGGACAAAACUCUCUCUAAUUAUACCUCUAGAAGACUACUUUCUGUAUCCUCUUCUCUUCAUACUCCUUCUAUUAUUCAAAUUCCUAAGCAUUCCCACACCACAUUUCCAUCUCCACUUAAGACUUCAAUCCCCAAACCUCCUCCCCUUUCCACUACACCGCCUCUCUCCGGAUCAGAGGACUGGAAUUUCUUACAGCGAGCUGCGGCUAUGGCGCUUGAUGCGGUCGAGAAUGCUCUGAUUUCAGCUGAGCGCAAGCAUUCAUUGCCCAAGACGGCCGACCCUGCUGUUCAAAUUGCUGGCAAUUUUGCUCCUGUCCCGGAGCAGCCGGUUCGGAAGGGUUUACCGGUGAUUGGGAAAGUUCCCGAGUGUAUUCGAGGGGUUUAUGUGCGAAACGGAGCCAACCCACUUCACGAACCGGUGUCUGGUCAUCACUUGUUUGACGGCGAUGGGAUGGUUCAUGCGGUCGAAUUUUCCGAGGCCGGUGGCGUUAGUUACGCUUGCCGGUUUACGGAGACUCAACGGCUGGUUCAGGAGCGAGCUUAUGGACGCCCGGUUUUCCCAAAGGCAAUCGGUGAACUCCAUGGACACUCUGGGAUAGCUCGGUUGAUGCUUUUCUAUGCCAGGGGAUUAUUUGGUCUCGUUGAUCACAACCAAGGAAUUGGAGUCGCCAACGCCGGUCUGGUCUAUUUCAACGGACGGCUUCUUGCCAUGUCGGAAGAUGAUUUGCCUUACCAAAUCAGAGUCACUCCGGCGGGUGAUUUGAAAACUGUUGGCCGGUUCGAUUUCGAUGGCCAACUGAAAUCCACAAUGAUUGCCCACCCAAAACUCGACCCUGUUUCGGGCGAGAUGUUCGCUUUAAGCUACGACGUAAUCCAAAAGCCAUAUUUGAAAUACUUUAAAUUCUCACCGGAAGGGGAGAAAUCACCGGACGUCGAAAUUCCCCUGCCUCAGCCAACGAUGAUGCACGAUUUCGCUAUUACGGAGAAAUACGUCGUAAUUCCCGAUCAGCAGGUGGUUUUCAAGUUACCGGAGAUGAUCCGCGGCGGUUCUCCGGUAGUAUACGACAAAGAAAAAACCUCCCGGUUCGGAAUUUUGGACAAAAAUGCCGCAGACGCCAACGCCAUUAAAUGGAUUGAAGCUCCUGAUUGCUUCUGUUUCCAUCUCUGGAACGCCUGGGAAGAACCUGAAACGAACGAAAUCGUCGUAAUUGGAUCGUGCAUGACACCGCCGGACUCCAUUUUCAACGAAUGCGAAGAGAAUUUGAAAUCCGUUUUAUCGGAAAUUCGUCUGAAUCUGUCCACUGGAAAAUCAACCCGUCGGCCAAUCAUCAGCGAAACAGAGCAAGUGAACUUAGAAGCCGGAAUGGUGAACCGAAAUCUACUUGGAAGAAAAACCCAGUUCUCUUAUCUGGCUCUAGCAGAGCCAUGGCCAAAGGUUUCUGGUUUCGCAAAGGUGGAUCUUUUCACUGGAGAAAUAAAAAAGUAUCUGUAUGGGGAACAGAGGUACGGCGGUGAGCCUCUGUUUCUGCCAAGAGAAGGCGCAGAGGCGGAAGACGACGGCCACAUCUUAGCCUUCGUUCACGACGAGAAGGAAUGGAAAUCGGAGCUUCAGAUAGUUAACGCCAUGACUUUGGAGCUUGAAGCUACUGUGAAGCUUCCUUCUCGAGUUCCUUAUGGGUUCCAUGGAACUUUCAUAAGCUCCGAGGAUUUGCAGAAGCAGAUACGGUAAAAAGGCAAGGUAAAUUACAAAUAAAAAACAUAUGGUAAAAAAAAGGAAAGGAAAAAGGAAAGAAAUGGGAGAUUUUUACCUGCGGGAUGAGUGUGUUUUUACGUCCCCGGAAUCUCCUCUACCCGUAAAAAAAUAAAAAAUUUGAAAAAAAAGUUGUGGGGGGUGUAAAGUAUAAUUAAGAACUUUGUUGGGGGUUGAUAAUGUAAGUAGGAUUAAAAGUGAGGGGUUUUGAGAAACCAAUCUUGAAGCUUUUGGGUUUAGGGUAGAAAUGAAGCUCAGAUGGUUUCUGCUUAUUCUUUCACUCUUCUGUUAAUUAUUGAUUUCUUUUAAAAGUAAAUAUUAUAUAUUUUAAUUUCAAUUAA